CACUAUCCGCUGCCUCCUCCCACACCGGAAGUAGUCUUACAAAAUAAAAGACAUGUUUGACUUGCGCUUCAUGUGUCGUCAAAGUACCGCGAGACAAAUUCGAGAGCAGUGCUUUCGAAUCGCUCUCGCGGUAUUUCGAUGUCAUAGGUCGAUCAUGAAGUCGAAACAAUUUCUUGUAGUCAGGGGGAGGAAUCCGGGCACAGGUUUCUCCUUGGUUCACUCACGGGAAGACGUCUUUUAAAGUUGAGAAAGUUAAUUGAAAGGUUUGAUUGAAAAGCGGAAUUCUUGUGCAUUUAUGUUUCGCCUAAAUCGUUAUCGUGUAAAAUGACAUUUUACAGCAUUACUUGUAACGUUUAUAUCCAAUCCACCGCAAAUGUCAUGUGACAGCAGGGCAUUAAAAUGCAAGAAAUGUGUUGUAAACUAAUCGCUGUAUAUAUACGUUGCUGAUUUACGGCUUUGGCCGAGUCGUUGGUGUAAAGGUUAAAGUGUUUUCGAGAAACUGGAAUGUGGAAGGGACCGGUGGUAAAUAGAGCUUCAGUUUUGUUUAGAUUUUUAAUCCCACGUUUUUACGACAAGGCUAUUAUGUCUCGCAAGCUGCACGCAAGGAGGAUUGAAGGCAUUGACAAAAAUAUAUGGGUGGAAUUUAGUCAGAUGGCUGCUGACUAUAAGGUAGUGAACCUGGGACAGGGAUUUCCAGAUUUCUCCCCACCUGGUUUUAUUCAAGAGGCCUUCUGCAAAGCUGUGAACGGAGGAGUCCCCAUGCACCAGUAUACACGGGGUUUUGGCCAUCCACCUCUUGUGAAGAUCCUGGCCAAGUUCUUCAGUAGGGUUGUUGGCCGAGAAAUUGAUCCAAUGGAGGAUGUCCUGGUUACAGUAGGCGCAUAUCAGGCUCUUUUUUGCACAUUCCAGGCUCUUAUUGAUGAAGGUGAUGAGGUAAUUAUAGUGGAGCCUUUCUUUGACUGUUAUCAACCAAUGGUAAUGAUGGCAGGAGGAACACCUGUCUAUGUGCCUCUCAAACCCAGAGAAGGCUGUGGUCCAACUAUUUCUAGUGCACAAUGGGUAUUGUCUCCUGAAGAGUUGGCAAGUAAAUUUACUCCUCGUACCAAGGCCAUUGUCAUAAACUCUCCUAAUAACCCACUUGGCAAGGUGUAUCUGCGGGAGGAACUUCAAAUGAUUGCUGAACUAUGCAUUAAGCAUGAUAUAAUUUGUAUCAGUGAUGAAGUGUACGAGUGGCUCACAUAUGAUGGAACUAAACAUGUGAAGAUCGCAAGUCUGCCAGGUAUGUGGGAACGUACUGUCACCAUUGGAAGUGCUGGCAAAACUUUCAGUGCCACAGGGUGGAAGGUGGGUUGGGCAAUAGGAUCCGGCCGUGUCGUGAAGCACCUGAAAACCGUCCAUCAGAACUCAGUAUAUCAUUGUGCCACGGCUGCUCAGGAGGCUGUAGCAGUUGGUUUUCUGAAGGAAUAUGAUGUGUUUGGAACAGAGGACAGCUACUUCCACCAGCUACCCGUCGGUCUUCAUGAAAAGCGUCUCAGGUUGGCAAACUGUCUGAAGAGCGUUGGCUUAAAACCUAUUAUACCCCAGGGAGGAUACUUCAUGAUUGCAGAUAUCUCAGAUAUUAAGGUUAACCUUACUGACCCUGAUACUAAAGAUGAACCCUAUGACUUCAGAUUUGUUAAAUGGCUCAUAAAAGAAAAGGGACUGGCUACUAUCCCUGUGUCUGCAUUCUUUAGCCCAGAACACAGAGAAAAUUUCCAGAAAUACAUCAGAUUUUGCUUUGUAAAGGAGGACUCAACACUAAAAGCAGCAGAGGACAUCCUAAGACAGUGGAGUGACAGCAAAUAAAUACACUCAAAGUUCUGACAGUACAUUUCUUGCCUCAUCUGAGCCACAUCAGAAUGUAAUACGUUUUUUAUUUUAGAUUUAGCAAACACAACCAUACACACACAGAAUACAUGAAGAGGUUUUUUUUUAAAGGAAAAGAGUUCUAAAUAAGUUAUUUUACACAAAAGGCCUACAUAUACUCUACAUUAUGCAACAAAACUUGAAUUUACAAAAAAUAACCUUGUUCAAAACUUUACAUACCCCUAUUUUUGAACAUUGUGCAAUGUUAACUGGAUGAUGUUUUGUUGAUCGUUGUUCAUGAGAGCCAUGUUUGUGCUAAGUCAUUAAACUGUCAACUGUUCUUCAGAAAAA